UCGCCCUGCCCCGUGCAAGGCGGCACCGCCCGUGGCCGGGGGGAUGACCAGUUGUCAGCCUCUCCGCAGCGAGCAGAUGGCGGGGCGGGUCAAGCUGACAAUCCCCUUAAUCCCAUCAGGGCCCAGCCGAGACAGGACGGGUCAUGGCGGGCACCAGGGUGCGCGGCCUCCUGCACUCAUUCCCGAGCCAGCUGUGCUGUGGCUGCGGGCCUGGCAGAGGGCUGCGCGCCUCCACAGGCACCCGCAUCCUCUACACCCUCCUGCACGUCCUGGCCUCUGCCGUGUGCUGCCUCAUGCUGUCCCGCACUGUGGCUCAGGCUGUCAAGGAGAAGAUGCCGUUCUCAGGGGUCCUGUGCCAACACCUGCCCGGCAGCACGGACUGCACGCAGCUCGUGGGCUCCUCGGCCGUCUAUCGCGUCUGCUUCGGCACCGCCUGCUUCCACCUGGCGCAGGCCGCCCUGCUCCUCAAUGUGCGCUCCAGCGCUGACUGCCGCGCUCGGCUCCACAACGGGUUCUGGUUCCUGAAGCUGCUAGUGCUGGUGGGGCUCUGCGCCGCCAGCUUCUUCCUCCCUGAGGAGAGCUUCAUCCAAGUGUGGCACUAUACAGGUGUUUGCGGUGGCUUUGCUUUCAUUCUCAUCCAGCUGGUGCUGAUCACUGCCUUUGCACACACCUGGAAUAAGAACUGCUCUCACCACUUUCCCGGCAGGCUGACGGGCGCAGCACAGGACAAGCGCUGGUACCUGGCUGUGCUGCUGGCCACCACUGCCUUCUACACCCUCGCCUCCGCUGCCUUCUCCUUCCUCUACAAGUACUACACCCACCCAGCCGCCUGCCGGCUCAACAAGGCACUGCUCACUGUCAACGGCAGCCUCUGCAGCAUCAUGUCCUUCAUCUCCAUCACACCCUGCGUGCGGCUCAAGCAGCCGCGGUCAGGGCUGCUACAGUCCUCAAUCAUCAGCUGCUACGUGAUGUACCUCACGUUCUCUGCAUUGUCCAGCCGUCCCCCAGAGAGAGUGCUCUACAAGGGGCAGAACCUCACCGUCUGCUUCCCGGGCAUCCAGCAAGAUGAACUGCAAACAGAGGACACCACGGUCGCCAUCCUGGGGGCUGCCAUCAUGUACGCCUGCGUGCUCUUCGCAUGUAAUGAAGCCUCCUAUCUUGCUGAGGUGUUUGGGCCCCUCUGGAUGGUCAAAGUCUACAGCUUUGAGUUUAAAAAACCCUCUUGCUGCUUCUGCUGCCCAGAGAAGAUGGAGGAGGAGCUGAGAGGUGAGCAGAGGAUGGGUGCCAGCAGGUCAGGGGGAGGCUGUAGUGACACACGGCCUUGGGUAGCUGUGUCAGAUGCCAGAGGCAUUGAUGAGGACAGUGUGCAAGAGCUGCAGCUGCCAUCACCCUGCACUCCCUCAGGUGCUGUUCAGGAACAGACAUGUGAGCAAGAGGAGGAGCCUGCUGGAGGACAGUGUGUUUUCCAGGAUGAGCGAGACCAUGUGGUCUACAGCUACUCAGCCUUCCACUUUGUCUUCUUCCUCGCCUCGCUUUAUGUCAUGAUGACGCUCACCAACUGGUUCAGCUACGAGACCGCAGUGCUGGAGACCACCUUCACACAUGGCAGCUGGUCGACGUUCUGGGUGAAGGUGGCCUCGUGCUGGGCCUGCGUCCUGCUCUACCUGUGGCUGCUGCUGAGCCCUCUCUGCCUCCGUGGCUCCCCACAGCAUCGGCGGAACAGCCCAGCCCUGCGCAUCGUGCGGCGGCGACGCGCCCCACACCGCAUCAGUGUCUCCACGUAGUCACUGCUGGGAGGGACUGUGCUUGGCCCUGUGCUUGGCCCUUGCCGUGCCGUGUGCCUGGGUCUUGGCCUCACCGGUCCCCUUGACUGCUCCUCACCCCAUGGCUGAGGAAAAGAUGUCAUCUGAGCACAGGAGGAGGACCUAGGAUGUGGAAGCUCUGCUGCACCAGCUCCAGGGACACAUCCUGCACUGAGCUGGAGCCAUCGAGGGGCCAUCCCGAGCCUGCCCAGAUGGCAAGCGCUCAGCUUCUGCUGCUGCACUCCCCUCCAGUCAUGAAGGCAGCUCCUGCCCGUCUGCCACCCCUCGGUCACAGCCCAAGGCCGGCAGGGAGCGCCGCUCUGGUCCGUCUGCUGUCUGUCAGCUCACCUACCGGCAGCGUGGGUAUUGUAAAUAGCU